UGAAGACAAAACUACUGCUUUGCAUGGAAGGUGAGGAUGAAGGUGAAGGUGAAGGUGAAGGAACCGAAAGCUACAAGGAAAAAGGCGAGUAAAGAGAAGGAUUAAAGUGAGCUACAAAACCCUCUUUAAUUUAUUCUCCUCCUUUGGCCUUUGCCCUCUUAAGUAACAAUCCUCCAUCAACAACGCCACUGCGUGCAGUCUGUAAUUCAUCCUUUCCUUCACCAUGAUUGACUCCAUCUUCUUCUUCUUCCUCGCACUCCCAACGCCAUUCCUUUCCAUCCUCCUCUUCUCCAUAAUUACUCACCGCUCCUCCGCCCUAUCCAGCCUAUGCCGCACCGACUGCGGCGACAUCCCCAUCCGCUACCCCCUCGCCAUCGACGACGGCUGCGGCAGCCCUUACUACCGCAACAUGCUAAUCUGCACCAACGCCUCCCGCCUCUUCCUCCGCACUCCCUCCGGCACUUACCCCGUCGCCUCCGUCGAUUACUCCGACCCCCACCUCGUAGUCACCGACCCCUCCAUGUGGAGCUGUAACUUCGCCACUGUCGCCCAACCCCUGCGGCGGCCGGCCAACCCUUUUAGCCUCGACACCAGCACCCGCUUCUCCCUCUCGCCCAAGAACGACUACCUCUUCUUCGACUGCAACAUGGACGAGGUCAUCGUGGAGCCCAAGCCCCCCUUCUGCGAGCGCUUCCCCGAUCGCUGCGACUCAGCCUGCGACAGCGCCGGCUACCUGUGCCGCAACCUGCCCGAUUGCCCCGACGCCGACCGGCGGAGCGGCUGCUGCUCCUACUUCCCAAAGGCGUCGGACUCGCUGCGGCUCAUGCUGCGGCACUGCGCCACGUACACGAGCGUGUACUGGCGGACGGUGGGGGAGAACUUCCCGCCGUAUGACCAGGUGCCGGAGUACGGCAUCCGGGUGGACUUCCAGAUCCCGGUGACUACGAGGUGCCUCCAGUGUCAGGACGUGAGGAAGGGUGCCGGCGGGACAUGCGGGUUCGACACUGCGUCAAGGAGCUUUCUUUGUCUCUGUGACGAAGGCAACGCAACCACGCACUGCGCAGAUGGUACCUACACAAGACACGGAGCAUCAGGUGCGGUUAUUGCAGGUACUACUGCUGUUUCAGUUGCUGGUGCAGUAGGCAUUGGCUGUCUGAUCUGGUAUUUGAGGAAAAUACGUAAAAGAAGUGUGGUGACUUGCGGUGUCCAGAGCAAUGAUAACCGUUGGUUUUGAAUUCUUUGUUGUGUGAUUCUCUUCUUGGAUUUACAUAUAUGUUUAUGUCAGAUUCAUAAUUUAGCACGUGUUGUUCUUUAAAGCACUGUUUGAGUACCUAAUUGCUAAUAAUUUUGCGCAGGUUUCAGAUUGUCAGUAGCCUUGUCGAAUGUUUCUGAUAAAUAAAAAUCUUGAAUUAAAA